CUUUUCUUCUCGCCCCGCUGUAAAGAAGGAAGGGAUAUGAUCGAAACCCCGUAGAAACGGAAGAAAUAUCGAGUUGUGGAUGCGAGCGAAAUUCCGCAACCAGAAUUAAGUGGCAACUGCAGCGAAGGGUCCCGCAUGUGUCUCUAGGGCUGGGCUUAAGGAAUUCAGUGGGGGUCAAAGCCUUCGUUGUGAGUGGGAGUGGUGUGGCGUGUGUGAAAGUGUGUGUACAUACAUACAUUCCGGGAUCUGCCAGCCAUGCAGUUGUAGAGGUGACCCAAGGAGUGGAUUAAUGUAAGCAUUGCGUGUGAAGUGUGAGCCCCGCGCGCGAGUGAGGAAUGAGUGCCGAGUGAGGAGUGUUGGCGAGCAAGCGAGAUACACAGAGAGGGAGAAGGACCGAUCCGGAGACUCCAACUCGCGGCUGUAAGAAGGAUGCCUCGAGCCAGAUGCCGCCGCCUACCCUUCGUCCCGCUGCUGCUGGCCUCACUCCUCUCUGGAGUGACGGCCAACCUGCCUCCCUCGUUCACGGCCGACAUGAACCUGCAUGUGGUGAGUGAGAGCACGCCGGUCGGGGCUGCCGUGUACACGCUCAAGGGCUCCGACCCAGAAGGCAGCCCCGUCAUGUUUGGCCUCAGCGGCACGGACAGGCUGCGCGUGGACCCCAACAGCGGCGUGGUCACCGUCGUGCGGCCGCUGGACAGGGAGAAAAACGACACCCUGCGCCUGGUGGUGACGGUGGAGGACGAGGUGUCAGGCGCCAACAACAACGUGGUGCGGGUCCCCAUCUCGCUCAUCGUGCUGGAUGACAACGACAAUCCGCCAAAGUUCCUGCAGACCCCCUACGAGACCAUGAUCGGCGAGGACACAUCUGUGGACAGCGUGGUAUUACCGGGCAUACGACUCGUCGACGAGGACCAAGUGGGCGACAAUAUCAAAGUGGAGUGCAAACCUAUUGAACAGGGAGAUGACGUCUGUGAAGUGUUUGGCGUCAAGGCCAGCCAGGUCUCGGCCCGGAAGUUCUCAGGAAGUUUGGUUCUUCGCAGACCCCUCCAGUAUGCUGCCCGCAACCUGUAUCAGUUCAAGCUGGUGGCCACAGAUGGGGGCCAGAUGUCCAGCGUGGGCGUGGUGGUGCGGGUGAGGGAUGUGCAGAACACUCCCCCGGUGUUCUCUGGCUCUCUCACUGGCAUUGUGAAAGAGGACGACCCUAUUGGCACCAAGAUCAUGACCCUGCAUGCGGCAGAUGGGGAUACAGGUGCUCCGAGACCCAUCAAGUACCAGCUGAUGACAAAUACUCUGGACUUCUUUACACUGGAUGUCAAGUCUGGGGAACUCCGCACUGCCAAACCUCUAGACAGGGAUGCCCUUCAGGUGCCUGAUGGAGUGGUGAAGCUCAAGGUUAAGGCUUUUGAGACAGAGAGGGGGCUGCCCGUGGGCUUGCCUGACACAGAGACAGAAGUGGAGGUGACCAUCACCAUCAUCGACGUUAAUGAUGAGCCUCCAACUUUCAACAAACGAGAGUACCAAGCGUCAGUGUCAGAGAAUGUGCCUGAUGGGACACCACUGCCCAACCUGGACAUGUUUGUUCAGGAUCGUGAUGUUGGGUUCUUCUCCGUAUUCAGCCUGCGUUUGGUGGACUCCUCUGGGAUGUUUAGUGUAGAGCCUUCACUUGCCUCAGGAUCCUCAUCUGUCAGCAUCAGAGUUGCCAAAGGUCCUCUGGAUUUUGAAAAUCCUAACCAGCGCAAGUUCCUUCUUCAGGUUGUAGCUGAGGAGACUCUUACCAACCCCCGGCUAUCCUCAACGGCCACAGUUGUUGUCUCUGUCACUGACACCAAUGACAACUCCCCACAAUUUGAUCAGGAGGCAUAUACAGCCCUUGUAUCCGAAACAGCCAAUCCUGGCACUGUUGUCACCACCAUUGUGGCUUCUGACCGUGACACAGGAAUGUUUGGCUCUGACGGCAUCAAAUAUUCCCUCUUUGGUAAUGGAGCAGAGAAAUUUGAUGUGGAUGAAACAACAGGGGUUAUCACAGUGGCCUUCUGUGAUACACCUGGCCACCGCAAUUGUCUGGACUAUGAAAAGCGGCCGACAUACUUCCUCUCUUUCCAGGCAAUAGACAAUGGUGGUGAGGGUCACACAACAGUGGUCCCAGUCAGAAUAUCGCUGGAGGACAGCAAUGACAACCCACCAAAAUUCACACAACAACAAUUUCGUGCAGUAAUUGAUGAAGGUGCCUCAGACUUCGACCCUCCUCUCAUAGUGACGGCUGAGGAUCCUGAUGCCACUUCCAGUGUAGUGUACAGUCUGGUAGGUGGGGACCCAACAGGACUCUUCACCAUUGAUCCCAGCACUGGCCGAGUGCGGGUGGCCAGUGAGUCUGGGCUAGACAUGUCCAAUCUGAAGACUGACCACAUCAUUCUAACUGUGGAGGCCAGUGAUGGCAAGGGCUCCCACACUGCCAACGUGAGAGUCUCCGUGAGGGACGCCAACAACAAUGUCCCUAUUUUCAGCAAAAAGGAGUACCUGGCAGCCGUCCAGGAAAACUCCCCAAUAGGGAGUGUUGUGGAGCAGGUGUCAGCCACUGAUGCAGACACCGGGGACAAUGCUGUCAUCACUUAUCGUAUUCAGCGAGGUGGAUAUGAUGAUUUUGCCAUUGACGGUGACACAGGAAUGAUUACAGUUGCCAGGAAAAUCGAUUUUGAUCGCCGACAGAGUUAUCAUGUUGAAAUUCUGGCAAUUGAUGGAGGCUUCCCACAACAGACAUCUACUGCUUCACUGACUAUCAGCAUCAUAGACAACAAUGAUAAAAACCCAUACUUCACUCCCACAACCCAGCGCACACAGGUCUCAGAGGAUGUGACUGUAGGGACAACCUUCUAUACCUUGGCUGCCCAAGAUCCUGAUGUGGCAGGAAAUGAUUCUCUGGUGUUUGGUGUGGAGCCUCCAGUUUCUGCAGUAAAUAGUGAUGGGCGCCUGGUGGAGGGACCUCAGCUAGAAGCACUGAUGGAGGUGUUCAGUGUGGACCCAGCAACAGGAAGUGUGACAGUGGCCAAGUCACUGGACCGCACAGUGGCCACAGAAGUGACUCUUGCUGUGACAGUGACAGAUGUGUCUGCUACACCUCCCCAGGUUGGUCAUGGGAGCCUCGUCAUCACCAUCGUGGAUGUGAAUGACUUCCCACCCAUUUUUCCUCCUCCAUGGAGCCCUGACAGCCCAAUCCUCCUUGUGAAAGUAGCAGAAGAGCUUCCUCUUGGAUCUCUCCUCACCACCAUUACUGCCUCUGAUGUUGACUCCAACAUAGGAGGGUACUCACUGAGUGAGCCAUCAGAGCACUUUGGCCUAGACAAUGCAACAGGGGUGGUGACUGUCAAGGCACGACUGGACUAUGAGACUCAACCAGAGUUAAGCUUUGUGGUGGUGGCCCAUGACACUGGUGUCCCCUCCCUCUCUGCCUCAGCCACUGUUGUUGUUCAGCUCAAUAACAUCAAUGAUGAGGAACCUGUGUUUGGUAAACCUAUCUAUGAUGGUGAGGUGCCAGAGAACUCACCUGCAGGGACACCCAUCAUCAAUGUGACAGCUGUGGAUGCAGAUAAGGGGAUGUUUGGAGUUGUUACCUACUCACUUGCAGGUGAUCAUCAUGAACAUUUUGCCAUUGAUGACAAUGGUUUAGUAACGGUGCAGAAUGGUGCACUGCUGGACCGGGAGACUUUAGCUGCUGUGGUGCUGCGUGUUGUGGCAACGGAUGAAGCACCAGAGAACCACAGACACCAAUCCUCUGUUCCACUUCACAUUGCUAUCACGGACACCAAUGACCAUCCACCAGUGUUCAGCCAAGACUACUACUCAGCUAGUGUGGUGGAAAACCUUCCCCUGGACCCACCAGCACCCAUUGUGCAGGUCACAGCCCAUGACAAGGAUGAAGGACUCAAUGCUCUUGUCUGGUACACCAUCACUGAGGGAAAUGACCAAGGAGCCUUCUACUUGGACCCAAGAACAGGGAUUCUCUACCCAGCCCGACCACUCCUGGCCAAUCCAAGCAACUACAAUCUGACCAUAGUGGCCAGAGAUGUCAAUGGCACUGGUGAAUACAGUGACCAAACACUUGUGCACAUCACAGUCCUGCCUCAGAACCAGCACAAACCCAAAUUCAUCUCCCCUGGCUUACCCAACACUACAGUAAUGGUCCAAGAGAACUGGAACUCAGCUGUGCAGGAGGUAAUCACUGUCCUUGCUGAGGACAAGGACUCAGGAGCAAAUGGUGAGGUCCGCUACCACCUGCGUAUUGGUGAACAGGUCGUGCAGGACACUCCUGAGUUCCACCUCAACCCCACCACUGGCCUUCUCACCACCAAACGCAUCCUUGACAGGGAGGAGCAGAGCAAGUAUGAGCUUGUGUUGAUGGCGAAGGAUCAAGGAUCACCAAUAUCGUACGAGACCCUGCGAUUCCUCACUGUGGUGGUGAAGGACCAGAAUGACAAUCGUCCUAUGUUCCCUAAAGACAACCUGCCCCAGUCCUACCGCUUUAGCAUCACAGAGAACACUGCAAAGCACACGCUAAUUGGCCAGCUUCAAGCACAUGAUCCUGAUGAUGGCAUUAAUGCCAAGAUCUUUUAUUACUUGGUGUCGGGCAACUCGCAUGAAAGCUUCUACCUAGACAAGCUACAUGGGAAGCUAUACACCAAUGUCGUGCUGGAUCGGGAGCAGCGUGCCUCCUAUACCUUAGUGAUCAAAGCUACAAAUGAUCCAAACUUCAUCAUAGACCCUGAGCAGGAGGUUGUGCAUGAUCCUGAGGAUCCCACUCAGGCCAUUGUCACCAUUAAUGUUGAGGAUGAGAAUGACACACCACCACUCUUCCUUCAGAAUGUUUAUUAUGCUGGUGUAUCGCACAAAGCUGAGGUAGAACGCUUUGUAAGGAUGGUGAGUGCUGUGGACGGAGAUGCAGGAAUCAACGGGUCACUCUCAUAUUCCAUCAGAGCUUCCAACCUCUUCCGGCCAGGAGACACCAAGGCUAUCGGUUCAAUUAUUCCAUCGCCAUUCAACAUCUCCCAGGAUGGCAAGCUGACUACAGCCUCCCUCAUGUCUCAGUAUCGUCGCCAUCGCUUCCUCCUUCAGAUACAGGCCAAGGAGGAAGCACCACCAUACCGCAUUGCUAGUUGUGAUGUCAACGUGUGGGUGUGGGAGCGAGAGGACUUGGUGCGGGUUGUGUUGGCUCAACCACCAGAGGAGGUCAUGCAGCACCAGGAAGACAUCACAGCUAUACUUUCUAAAGUUGCUGAGGGUACAGCUGUAGUGGAUGAAAUACGCUACCACGUCAGUCCUGACAAUACCAUCAACCGGGAAAGGACAGACAUGUUGGUUCAUCUGGUGAAUCAGACAGACCAGGUGAUGCCAGUGCCGAUGGUGCUGCAGCGUCUUGACCUCGGUUACUCCACCCUCAUCAACAACUCUCACACAGCUUCCAUCAAGCACAUCUAUCCAGCUACGGUGGAGGAGGUGGAAGAGGAGGUGGAUGCCCGUCUGGCUGGCCUCAUUGCCCUCAUGAUUGUGCUCUUCAUUGGCUUCAUCUCCUUCCUGGUAGUCUGCUGCUGCCUCAGACACUGGGUGAUGACACCUUCAGGCAGAUCAACAGAACACUUGAUCAAGCGCAAUAUUGAUGAGGACUUGGGACUAAACACCACAGAAAAUCCCCUUUGGGUGGACCAAAAGCUCAAGAUGUAUGAAGAACAGGAGCUCACAAUGCAAGUGAUGAGUGAGUUUGAUGCAUCACAAGUCAACGUCCCACCCAAUACAUCACAGGGACCCAGUGUGACCGUAGAUGCAGAGUGGAGUCCUGAGAGAAGGACCAGUAUAGACUUGUCACAGGUUGAUGCUCAGAGCAACACGUAUGCCACCAUCCAGAAGUCCCAUGGUGGCACACUGCGCUCCCUGCAGCUCAGAAGUUUGCAGCGAGGCACACUCACUCUUGGGGAAGAUCCAGGCGAGAGCAAUGAUUAUGCCACCCUUGACCAUCUUCACCGACCAGCCUCUGCUCAGGGUCCUCGUGUCCCAGGUGUAGAGACACCUCGAUCUCCUUUACAUCAGAAUGGUGAUUACCAUGAGUUGAGAACAUCAUUCACUGGGUCCACCUUCCAGCCUUCAGACCUGGCUAACCGACCAUUGCCAGAUGAGCCUUCCUCUACUCUCCCAGGUUCCCGUAAUCUUGCCUACAAUGCCCAGGGAGAACCAGUACUCGUUGCAGAGUUAAUUUAAAUGCAGUACACCACUAAUUUGUUAUGUGAUGUAAACUCCUUAGGCCAAAUCUGUUGUGCUUCUGUUGAAUGAAUCACAAAAAGAAGAAAAAUCACACAGUGAAUUGCAAGAUAGUUGCUGUCAUCUAGUUACCUCUUACAUAAAUGUUAGGUCUUUGAAUGCACAUGAUGAAAUAAUUGUAAAUAUAGGCCAGUGAAACUUAGGUGUAGAAUGAAAGAAAUCUAUUUCUGAUACCAAAUCCUUCAGGAACAUCCUCCUUGGUAGAAGAGCCUGCACCUCUCCCUAUCUAAGCACUUCCUUGCUUGCUCAAGUGCAAACCCAAAAGAGAGCACUAAUGUUACGCAUCAUCUCUCUCUUGGAUCUACACUUGAUCAAGGCUCUGUGAGUGCCACAGGAUGAAAGUGAAAGGACAGAAUGUUAAGAGUAUGUGGAAUGUGUGAAAGGAGGAUGAGAAAAUUGUGCAUGCAAGAACAGGAAAAAAACUUUUCCCAUAAACAAAGUUUUAGAAACUGAUACCAGAUAUUCCACUACAGAAUGACAAUCUUCCUGGUCUGUGUAUAUGUACUUGCUACUAAGUCUUGUUACUAAGGUUCAAGAUGAACCUUGGGAGCUGUGUGAUCCUAGGAAGUUUGUAAGCUGAACACUGAUUGGCUACUGCCUUAUGUUCCAUCUCAGUGAUUUUUAUUUCCUCUUUAUAAUGUCACAAUUAUAAUCAAGUUUAUAAAUGAAUGCAGUGCUGACAUUGCCAUAAGUACAUGAAGGUUAAAUAAGCAGCAUUAUGUACCACCAUACAUUCACCAUGAUGGUAUAUACCACCUCCUCAGUUAUGUUUUGUUAAAUUGUAUUAUAUUGAUAACUUUUACAGGAAUAAUAAUGCCACAAAAACUUUGAGGAGGUAGUGCGUUCCCUUGUGGUGGAUUUAUGACAAUAAUGCUACCUAACUCUAAAGUACUCAACAGCAAUGUCAGUGCUGCAUUCAUUAUUGAUUGAUUCUUCAAUCAUCACAACAGCCUUGAACUCUAUGAUGAUUAUUACCUUUGUAAUGUUUCUAUGAAAUAUUAUAAGAUGUCAGUGCAAUAAGUGUUCAAGAAGAAAAAUCUGAGACAGAACGUAUGGCAGUUGUUUGUCAGUGCUCAGAUUACAAACUGCAUAGGUUCAUACAGUUGUUCCCAUGAGUGAUUAGACUAUACUGUAAUGAAGUACAAAACAUAUAAACCAAGGGAAGAUUGUAAUAAGUUACUUAGUGAAAACAAAAAAACACUGAUGAUUCUGAAACUCCUUAUGAUAUGCCAUUUAUACCAAGUUCACUGCCAGAUAGGCCUUCCCACUCCUGUGUUUUAGAGGUAUUAAGCCAUACAGUGACAAUCAGUCAAGUUUACAGUGUGAUGCACUGGCUGUUUAUUCUCAGAAAACCUCAUGAAAAUUUAAUGAUGUUUCAUAUCUAACAACUCACCCAUAUACUGGGCAUUGUUUGAGUAUGGUUGUAGAGAUGGUCAGUGUGUAAUGUAGUCACUUUUUAAACUGAGCACUACAUUGUGAAACUUGGUUUAAGCUACGUGUAUUUGUAAGAUGUAAUUGCCUACUUGCAAGUAGAUCACCCCAAUCUAAUCCUCAUGUAAGACUGAUGAGAGCCCAAGGCAAACAAUUAUUUAAAUAAAUUGUAUGUUGGUUGAAAUGGACGUCCAGCCAAUAGUCACUCGUCAUUUGUUAAAAAAUAUCAACUAUUGCAGUUUAUAACAUGCAGAGGCUUAAGAGUAACAUUUCUUGAAUGCCACAGUUUAUCAAUUAGUCACUUGCUUUGCACAUCUGUUUCAACCACUUCAUUCAAAUACUCUUCACCUCUGUACUAUUUAUUGUUCUCUCACAUCUUAAAUGGGAUGUAGAUGAGGCUGACCUACUCACCUGCAGGUUGUGCCUUACACUUCUCAUUACUUUGGUAUAAGAGAACCAGGUCUUUUGUAUAAGAGAACCAGGUCUAACAAUAUAAUGCUGAUUUCUUAUCUUAGUUUUAUCCAAAAAUAAAUUAAUAAAUAAACAAAACGUGGAUGGCAAAUUGUAGCCGUACACCUGUAAUACUCCAUUACACACUGAUUGUCCACACCUGUAUUCAAGCAAGGCCUGAUGUGAAGAAAUUCUUAUUUACUGCUGGUUAUCCAACCUCCUCUUCUAUUUCAUUACUGUUUAAUUAGGCACCCUGAAGCAAAAACGUAAGUAGCCACAUUACUAAUACCUUUGAAUCACGUCUGUAUCAAACUACAAAUUAGCUGAUCUUGCAAUUUUCAUCAUGCCUAGUCUUAAAAAUUAUCUGCUCUGUAAAUCAAUCCUUUUAUAAUUUACAUGAAAGAUUUUAAAUAAUUCAGCAACUUUUGCAAAAGGCAGGAGUGUCUCAUUUACGUAGAACAGAUGGAAGUGUUUCAGCAAUGCUAAACUUAACUUAUAUACAGUCACUUGUCCAUCAUUUUGUAACAAUUCUUAAACGUUCAUUCAAGACAUUUGUCAUGUACAUUUUGUAAAUACAAUAAUACCAGCUCUAUCAGUAACUAAAAUUUUUAUAAAUACUUUUCAUUUCCUAUCACAACAUAGAAAACAGCUGAUGCAACUAAAACUGCUUGAUGUUCUCAUCCUCUUGAAAAUUUAUUUCAAUUUAUCUUGUUUCACUCUGAAAACCAUCUGACUGUAGUCACUUAACAUUUCCAUAUAUGGAUUUCAGUCUCUCUCUAUUUCGUGUUUUGACUUUUUUCUUGGAACAUUCUAGGUCCUUAGCCAUAAACAUCUCUCCCUCCUGCUUUCAUUCUUCUAUUAAAACCACACUUCACAUCAUUCCACCCAUUUUACACAAAUGUGACGAACUACAAGACAAGAUGAACACGCCUUUUUAUUCAUACUGUCGGUUUUCAGGAGUCGCAUCCCUACCACACCACCUAUAACUGUUUUUAUAAGAUUUCCUUUUCUUAUGACCAAACCUGCAAGGCAACUUUUUAUAUCAACUCCAGACAAAAUUAUGUCACCUAACACAAGUAGAGUAAAUAUUCCUAAAAGUGUUUCCAUCACACUUGCCUAUUUACAAUUUUUCAUUGAAUGAGAGCAUGAGGCAGACUUUUCCAAACUUCCUGACCUAGCUUUCUAUGCUAUUUUUUUUCUCUGAGCAUAUAAUACAAUGUAAAUAUUUUCACUAAUGUACAUAAAAAAUAGUUAUGCAUGACCGCACGUAAAUGGAAGAGAUAACUUUGAAACGCAUAACUUUUACAGUAAUUUAUAUUAAAAAAAUAUAUUUUUGUAUUGCAUUUAAUUUGUCAUGAUGAAAUUCUACUAAUAUAGUCAUCCACACUUUGAUGUCCAAUGGUAAAAACAUAGAUUAGUUAUUAAAUAAUAUAAAGUGAACUACAGAAAAUAUUGGAUUGAGAGGGUCCACAACAGUGUCACCAAAUACUAUCCAUUAGUCAAUAGUUUCCAAGUCUUCUCUUGAUCAAGCAAGUAUGUCAGGAUUGAGGAAACAGACAAGCAUGAUGGCACAGUAUCUGUCACACUCACUAUGUAUAUAUCAUUAUCAUUAGUAUGUAACAACUUGUUUGUAACACUGUGUUGAGAUUUGCUUCCCGUUGUAUUAUAGUAUCUUAGUUAAUUUUAUGGUUGAUUGAUGAACAUAAUGCAUCAAAUGGAUUAUUACAUAGUGAAUGUUUUUUACUAUGUAAUUUGUACAUAGUUUUCAUGUGAUUUUUUUUUCUAUGUGUAUGGUGCUAGAAACAAAAUUCAUGCAAUAGCUGCACAAAAAAUAAAUUGUUGAUUCUGGACUACAACAGUUCAGACACUGCCACUGAUUUACAGAUGGAGGCACAGUUUUCUACAAUGAAAUGCAAUGUACUCCCUCAUUACUAUUUAACAAAAUAUUUAGGCUUAUUUUGUCAGAGCACCAAAUUAUCCAAAAUAUUAUAUAUUUUUUAAAGGUUGUAAUUAAGAAUAAAAUGAAAUCUUUU